AGCGUGUUUCUCACAUAAUAUCACAGAAUUCACCUCCUGGCCACUGCGCUUCGUCAUGAUACGACAUGGUCCCACACGGCUUAUUAGCUUUCUCUUUAUUACGCUCAUACUCAGCAUCGCGCCAGUCGAAGCUGCCAUGAACAAGUGGGAGGUGACAAACUUCUGCAAAUGCAUCUGCUUCUCUGCCAACUAUACGAUCUUAUCCCUGAACACGCCCGACAACCCCUCCAAACCUUGUCUAUCGUGCACCAAGCAGUGGUGCUUGAAUCAGAAUCUGCCUAUCUGCGCCGGUGCAUCUCUUGGCGACACAGAUCCAGACACUGCGACCGGUCUAGAGGGAGAUGUGGAAGCGCGAUGUUUUCAACGAGAUUCUCCUAGGGACCAGCUUGUGGUUACCCUCUUUUUAUUGACUAUCCUCGGACUGUUACUUAGUGUCAGCAUUAAAAACCGCAUGCUCAAGGCCGGUGUGGAUUCUAGUACGGCAUGGUCUGCCAGCAGGCGCUGGUGGGAGGAAUGGCUACCGCGUAGGUAUUCUGAAGACCAUAACCUUCGUGAGCGUCCCACUGGCAAUGGCAGUCGGGGAAAUUACACAGAGAUAUCGAAUACGCUUCCCAUAUAGUUCUUUGAUAUGUACGAUUUGCAGUAGAUCCACGGUGAUGCCUUGCCUACACAUGUUUCCCUUAUAGAGCACAUUCAGGCGCCACAGUAGGCUGCGCU